GUAGCAACAACCCCCCGUCCCGUCGCGUCCGGUCAAACAAACCAACUACUAGUAACAGUAGCGUCGUCGUCCCACUCCCAUCAGAGCCCACCGCUGACCGCCACCGAUCCCCACCCCGCAUGCAUGGGCGCCCCGACGGAAGGCCCCCCGGCGUGGAUGGCGGCCGCCGCCCGCAGGUGGCUGGAGGACGCCGGCGCCAAGGUGGAGGGGGGCCAGGACCGGGCCUUCAACGCGCUGCCACUCGCCGGAGUGCGCGUGUCCCUCGCUGAGCGGGGCCGCGCGGUCUGCUCGCUCCGCGUGCCGGCGCACCUCACCGACGCGGAGGGGAACUGGCACACGGGCGCCAUCGCCGCGGCGGCGGACGACGUCUGCGCCGCCGCCAUCAUGUCCGUCGAGGGCAUCAUCAAGGUCUCCGUCCACUACGACAUCUCCUACUUCGCGCCGGCCAAGCUCCAUGACGAAGUUGAGAUGGACGGCAGGGUGGUGGAGCGUAAAGGGAGGAUGACAGCGGUGGCGGUGGAGAUCCGAAGGAAGGAGUCCGGCGAGCUGGUGGCGAUCGGGAGGCAGUGGAUGACGGCGUCCAGGCCCAGUGGUUCUCGGAGCAAGAUCUGAUACUUCAUCUGUCUUCUAUCUUGCCCUGAAACGGGAGAUUGGUUGCUGUAACACAGGAGAUGGGUUUGGUGACUCUUCAUUUGUCUGGCAAUUCAGUUGGACCUGUUGUUUCUGCCUAUCUGUUCUUGUGCGCUGCUCUCUGGCUGCUGCACUGCUGCUAUGUGCAUUGUGCUCUCUGAAUGGCGGGCCGAAACGCUGAUGGCUUGCCAAACCAGUUAUGGCCUUUCUCAUAUUUUGUUUGUGAAAUUAA